UUCCGCUGUCUCCCACUAGCGGGCGUUUGCGGAAACUUUAAAGGAAUUAUUACAAUGGAUUCCUAAAGGAUGGCGCUUUCAUGUUAUUUUAAGUUCAUUACUCUCUCCGGUAAUCGUAAAAAGUUUUGACAGUUCAAAGUUGAGUGCUAACUGGUAAUUGAAAAAAUGGCUUCAAGAGGUUUGUCUCACCGAGAAAUAGAGAACAUUUUGGAGUUAAAUGAUACAGAUUCUAUGAUAGAUGGAUUUUCGGAUGACGAUGACCUUAUUUUUGCUCCUAGCAUUGAAGAAGAACCUCGAGAAGAAAGUAAGGAAAGUUCAGAUAACUAUUGUAGUGAAGAUGAAGUGCCACUAUCUACUAUAGCACAAAUAUCGCAGAGAGAAGACCCUUCUCAGCUUGCUCAAGGUUCUUCACCAACACCACGGCGAGUUUACUGGAAACAUGAAGAAAACUUCGCACCAACUCCACCAGCAGUUUACUGCCAAUCUAGAAGUAGAUGCAGCUUCGAAAGAAAAUAAAUUUUGGAAAGUGCAACCCC